UGUGGGGGUAUGGUAAAGCUUCUUAGACAGGCCUGUCCUCGUUGCCUCUACUAUCCGACCCAUUCGGCACCAAGUGUCUGACUCCUGACUCCAGCAGCAUGGCUUACAUCAUCGAGCAGAGGGCCCAGGCCAAUAGCCUGGAAUACCGGCUCUUCUUCAAGGACUGCAAGGGACAAUACAUCUCUCCAUUCCACGACAUCCCUCUUUAUGCAGAUGAAGCCGAGAACAUUUUCAACAUGAUUGUGGAAGUGCCAAGAUGGACCAAUGCAAAAAUGGAGAUUGCCACAAAAGACCCUUUGAAUCCAAUCAAGCAAGAUGUGAAGAAAGGCAAGCUACGUUAUGUGGCCAAUGUCUUCCCCCACAAAGGGUACAUUUGGAACUACGGGGCAUUUCCUCAGACAUGGGAGAAUCCAGCCCAUAUUGACAAGAAUACUGGAUUUGGUGGUGAUAAUGACCCUAUUGACGUAUGUGACAUUGGAAGCAAGGUGUGUGAAAGAGGAGAGGUCAUUAAGGUUAAAGUUCUUGGGACUCUGGCAUUGAUUGAUGAAGGAGAAACAGAUUGGAAAAUUAUUGCAAUUAAUGUUGAAGAUCCAGAUGCUUCCCACUAUAAUGACAUCGAAGAUGUCAGAAGACUGAAACCUAAUUAUCUAGAAUCUACCGUUGACUGGUUUAGAAGGUACAAAGUUCCUGAUGGAAAGCCAGAGAACCAGUUUGCUUUUGAUGCCGAGUUUAAAAAUAAGGACUUUGCCAUAGAAAUAAUCAAAAGCACUAACGUGCAGUGGAAGGCCCUCCUGACCAAAAAGACAGACGGUGGAGAAAUCAACUGCACCAACACCACGGUACAGGAAAGCCCCUUUCUUUGCAAGCAAGAUGAUGCUAAAUCCUUUGUGAAUGCUACACCACCUGCUGGGCCGGACAGUCCUAUACCUUCAGAUGUGGACAAGUGGUUUUAUUAUCAGAAGAACUAAUUAUAAGGUGAAGACCUUCAUUAUUGCAUGCCAUCCACUGCACACCUGGAUCAGCAGACUAAAGAAGAUAUUAACAUAGGAUAAAGGCAAAGCAUAAGCCAAUUUAACUCUUUAAGAAAAAUGCGCACUGCCACAUCAUCAGCGUCUUCUGCAAUAGAAAAUUAUCCAGCUCUACAAAGAUGAAUAGCACAGUAAUUGGUCCAUGAACACAUAUCAGCCUUGUAGCAGCAGCAGCAGCAGCAAACCGCUUCUCUUUAGCCUUUCCGGUAUAAUUGGACAGCAAAAACAUAUUUUCGCAUGUGUUUUAUUCUAUUUUUUUUAUAUUUUUGAGAAAGCAGACUUGGCAUGCAAAUAAAACUGCUAAUUGUUCCAACCACUGUGUAAGUUCCAUUUGUAAGACCAGAAAAGACAAUAAAUCUAGUUUUGUUGUUGGAAA